CUGGACAGGACAGACAAUGCCUGACCAAAGGAAGGAUGUGGGCAGAUAAAGAUAUAGCUACCCUUAGUUCCUGAUUGUACGAGAGCAAAACACUUUUGGAAUCAGUCAAGUUUCUGGGGGAGGGGAAUGAAGGAAGUAGACAAGCUAGAGUUAGAAAAAAAUUAUAUCUUAUUAAAAGGAAGAAAUCCACCAACUUCAGAAUAAAAACUCUGUGGCAGAAGAAUUGCUGAAAACCAUAAUUCUACAAGCAUCAGAAUAACUGAUCAGAAGAACAAAAUGCACUAUUGAAGAGAAGCAUACAAGAGCUCUUCAGAGCUAUUUCUGCAAGGUCAUCAUCCAGGGACCUCAAUCUGGCUUAGAUCUAUCCAUGCGCCAUAGGAAUUCCAUCAAAAAGAAAUUUCCUUCAGCUGAACAGCAUCCAAGCCACCAGUCGAUCUAUUUGCAACUUGAGACAGAUAACUGAGCAGCAAGCCAACAGAUUAUGUCAAACCCUGAUGCAAAAAUGGAAGAAAGUCAAAGCCUCAACCUGGAAGAGGAUUUUGAAGGACAGGCUACGCAUACAGGUCCCAAAGGAGUUAUCAAUGAUUGGAGAAAAUUUAAGUUAGAAAGUGAAGAUAGUGAUUCCAUCCCAUCUAGCAAGAAGGAAAUUCUCAGACAAAUGUCUUCUCCUCAGUAUCGAGAUGAUAACACAAAACAAAAAUUCAGCAGAAAGAUGAGUGUGCAAGAAUAUGAACUCAUCCACCAGGACAAAGAGGACGAGAAAUGUCUCCGUAAAUACCGCAAACAAUGCAUGCAAGACAUGCACCAGAAGCUAAGCUUUGGACCCAGGUAUGGGUUUGUAAUUGAGCUGGAGAGUGGCGAGCAGUUCUUGGAGGCCAUUGAGAAGGAACAGAAAAUAACUACUGUCAUUGUUCACAUCUAUGAGGAUGAUAUCAAGGGCUGUGAGGCCCUGAACAACAGCUUAAAUUGCCUUGCUGUAGAAUAUUCUAUGGUAAAAUUUUGUAAAAUCAAAGCUUCUAACACAGGUGCUGGGGACCGCUUCUCCUCAGAUGUGCUUCCAACAUUGCUGGUCUACAAAGGUGGGGAGCUUAUCAGUAAUUUCAUUAGUGUCACUGAGCAGUUUGCUGAAGAUUUUUUUGCUGUGGAUAUUGAGUGCUUUCUUAAUGAGUAUGGGUUACUUCCUGAAAGAGAAAUUCAUGCACUGGAGCAGGCUACCAUGGAAGAUGAAGAUAUUGAAUAAUUUGAGGUAUAAUAUUUCAAUAUCUCAAAUUUCUCCUGUUUGAAUUGCAAAGAGAUCUUUUUUCCUUUAUUCUUUUUUUUUUUUUUGGUUUAGAAAAAAUCUGCAAAUGGCAAUUCCUAACUGUAACAUGUAAAAACCUAACACAAUAAGUAAAUUCCUGGAUUAUGUGGAUUUCUUAGCUUUGAACAUGUCAGCUUUAUUUUCAAGUCAAUAUUACCCCUUUACUAUAUGUUAGGAUAUAGCCUUCAGCAAUGUUAUAGAUAAAAAGAGAACUAAUGAUAUCUUGACAUUUUGAACAAAAUC